AGGCUCGACUUGGCCUGCGUCGAGGCGCGCGGUGGAACCGGUUGCACAGAUCCCGGACAACGCUUUCUCCCACCGUGUACGCAUAGCGGGCCCCGACGGCCGGGGUAAUGCUCGGGCGGCGGCCGUCUCGAGCGAACUAGGUUCGCUACAAACAUCGUUCUCUUCGCGUGCCGACGCUCAACGGUGCAUCCUCCGCCUGCAUCGGGUAACAAGUGCCCUCCCGCGUUACCCCAGUGAAGGCGACGAUGGUGUCGGGCAUCUUCUACGUGGAGAAGCUGCCGGACGCAGAUGGCCCGACCGACGACCAUGCAAGCUACGGAGUCAGAACAGGCCGCAAGAUGCUGGCUGCCGUCGGUGUGCUCAAGGAGUCAUGGCGUCUCGUGUACAUCAUAUGUGUGCCCCUCAUCUUCCUUCCAGUGGCUGUAUGCAUCGGAGGAAAGGCCGGCUGGUGCGCCUACAUCUUGCUGUGGAUGGCUUUCUACUGGUCGGCGGAAGUGGUCCCGCUGGCCGCCACUUCACUCAUGCCGGUCUUCCUGUUCCCGUUUUUCGGGAUCCUGCCGUCCAGUAAAGUGGCCACUUUUUACCUGAAUGACAUCGGACUUGUAAUGUUGUGUUCACUAGUCAUGGCCGGAGCUGUAGAAACGAGCAAUCUGCACAAGAGGAUAGCCCUCAGGUCUUUACUCGCCAUAGGAACAAGUAAUCUCAGGCUACUCCUUGGCUUUAUGCUAGUCACCAUGUCACUAUCCAUGUGGAUUCCGAACACUGCCUCGACGUCCAUCAUGGCGCCCAUAGUCAUGGCCGUCGUAGACCAGAUGCACAACUCGACUAAAUCUCACUCCAAAGACGUAGAAAGUUCAGACCUUGAGUCUCUAACCAAGCGACAACCGCCAGCUUACAAAGACGACGAGAAGACAGGCGGCAAGGAUUCGUCGCGUACUACUGAUUCUGAAGAAGACUCUCGGCAGAAAUUACUCCGCACGACGAUGCUGCUCUCCGUGGCAUACGCUGCGAACAUUGGAGGGACUGGAUCUCUCAUUGGCACUGGGCCCAACCUGGUACUCAAGGGUCUCAUGGAUGACUCUUUUCCAGAGUCCACAGAGUUGACCUUUGCAACGUGGAUGCUUUACAAUGUGCCAACAAUGCUGCUAUGCGUUCUCAUCGGGUGGAUCUACCUUCGAUUUCACGGAAGGAAAGCAAUGAAAGCGACCUCUCAAGGGGCAUCGGAAGAAAAAAUUCGGGAGGAGAUUUCCAGGAGACACCGGGACUUGGGUCCUAUGAGCUUUCCCGAGUGGUGCGUCACGUUCCUUAUGACGUCAAUGAUACUUCUCUGGUUCACCAUGAAGCCUCAGAUGUUCCCUGGCUGGGUGGAAAUGCAUCCUUAUGGCAAAUUCAUAAAGUCGUCCGCCCCCGCCAUGAUGGCGACGUUCCUGCUGUUCGUGAUUCCCAAGGAUCCCCGCAAGCGCGGCGGUCGAACCCUCAUGACGUGGCGGGAGGCCAGCGACCGCGCUCAGUGGGGUAUCAUGAUUCUCAUCGGAGGGGGCAUGUGCCUCGCCGAGGGCUGCAAGCAAUCUGGUCUGUCAGCGCUCCUGGUGCACCAUCUGAAGAGCCUUGACGUGCUUCCUCACGCGCUGACGGCCCUCGUCCUGUGCUUCGCUGCCUCCAUGUUCACCGAAGUGACGAGCAACACAGCCAUCAGUUCCAUACUCUUGCCCGUCGUCUGCGAAAUGGCUAUAGCGAUAGGGGUGCACCCGCUAUACCUGGCGAUGCCGGUGACGAUCGGCUGCUCAUUCUCCUUCAUGCUCCCGGCUGCCACACCUCCUAAUGCGAUCGUGUACGAGCUGGCGAAGCUGAAAAUUCCUGAAAUGGCAAAGCCAGGUUUCGUCAUGAACAUGAUCUGCGUCCUGGUGGAAGUGGGAAUGAUUCACGCGAUAGGCUUUCCCAUCUUUGGCCUGGGGAAGCUGCCCGACUGGGCUAGGCUCACGCAAGCGACAAUGUCUUCGACUGCAGUGCCAAACACCACAGACAUUAUGUCAUUACCGACGGUGUUGACCAACUACACACAAACGGCGUGAAGAGUGUAUGUGACUGACGUCAGUUUAUCCCUCUUCAUUUCUCGGCUAUUUGUGAAGCUCCGACAUGGCGCAUGGCUUUACUUUUUAUUUCUUUGCGAAGUCAGGUCCAAAAACUGGUAUUCUUCGGCAGCAAGAAAGACAGCCUCGAAUCGAAAAGCGCGUCUUUACACAUUCUUUUUUUUUCCUCAAGGAACUUAGCGCUAUGCUGACACUGAACAUUCUCGCAUAAGUUGAAAGGCAUGCAAGUACGGAUAAAUUACUAUUGAGUUGACAUGAUCGAGGGCAUGCGCUUCAAGGACUGAAGGCGCGAGACGUGUGACCCGAAAGCCGCGGCAAUCACUUUACGAUGAAGAACCAAGCUGCAACGAAUACCUUGUUUAUUCAUGACGAAGACAUGAGCUCUUCAAAGAGCCACGUCCACUGUUCUUUUCGCACAACUUCAGCGCGCAGGCUACUGUGUCCUGUGUGCUAGGCUAAACUGAAGGUCAACAAAAAACCACAACCGAAAGGAAUUAUCAUAGAUUGAGGACUUUUUUAAGCGCAACGGAAGACUUAGGAAAAAUUUCUAUUAGGCGAUGUCAAGUGCAAUUGACAUGUCAGUUGUCUCGGUAGUCCUUUUUCUUUUUUUAACUGUGAAUCCCUUUUGGUGCCCAUUUACUUUGUUGCCGAGCUUCUUUACAGAGUGCCACGAACACUAUCACUGAGCGUUCGUCACUUACGACUAAUCUGUUGGCGAGUUUCAAAAAGUAAGAGCGCGAGGAAUCUCUCACGCCGAAAGUGCAGGCCGCUAGCACGUGAACUUAGAAGCGAGUGCUAGGCUUGAGUAUACAACAUAGUUUGUGUACCGAUGUGUGUCUUCCCGUUAAGCGUCCAUGCGAAAUUGCAGGGCAUAAGUAACAGUUCUUGUCUGUGAAGCAAGGCUAUCAUUUUGCAUUACCGUGAGCUUACAGACCUGCAUUUGGAGAGAUGGCUGCCCAUGAUAUGUGUAUACGAGACAUGUUGGCGCCACACCGCUGGGCGCACCAGUUUGGCAUGACGAAACUCACAUGCUUCUGUAGGAGCCAACACGCUUGCUUAGUCAAAAACAUUGGCCGAGAAAAAAUCCGCAUUCCAAGCCACGAGUCUGCCAGUGCGAGUAACCUUUGAAUGUUGCAAUAAUCACAAGACGUCACCGUUUGGUUGUAAUCGUAAUCGUAAGACGCAAAUGUUUGUUGUAAAACCUUGAAACCUUUGACAUGCGUUUACGUGGAAGCGAUACAGGCUCAUCUCUUUCGCAAUGGUGUGAAUGAAUUCUCUCACACAUUCCCAUUUGAAGAAUAAGAAGCUCACAUUCCUCCAUGGUUUCUAUUCAACGCAAUGGCCGAGAGGUUAUUGUAUCACAUUAUUCUUGUACAUAUUUUCAUAAAAACCAUAUUACAGAAGAUUCUUACAGUCGUUUUUUGUUCUUCGUGAAUGCUAGUCUCCCACGUACAUAAUUGAUUUUGAUGUAGGAUGUCCUUUCAAAUGAGGAGCUGAUAACAUCAUUGCCAUGUCUUGUGUAUGUACAGCAAUCGGUAACAUUAUACAAGGGAUAAGCAAUAAAUACAAAUGCUGCGCAAUUUUCUUUGCAACGGGAAGUUAGGAACAUUUGUGCGGCGCUUCCUUCCUCCACCACCACGUGACGAACAGGUUCUUUAACAUUCCAAAUUCCAGCCAUGAUGCAAUCAGUGAUAUUGAGUGUCAUUUAUAUUCCAAUAAAUGCACUCAGCUGAGUUGCAGAGAAAAACAAAACAAAAACUGCAGCGCGAGCCGCAAUUCAAACCGACGACCUAAUGCUCAUUUCGUCAUCAAGAUUGGUCGUCGUUCGUUGAAACUGGUUGGCGGCCGCUAAGGGCAUUAGUAGUUGAUGUGUCGAAUAUUUGAACUUGAAUACCUAAGUCACAGAUAACAUUACACCGCCAAUAAUUACCACGAAGGCCGCAUUUCUAUGAGAACCAGGUCUCUGGAUAUUUUCUCAGUUCUCCACAAUGCUAUACUGUGUUUCAGCUUUAUUUGUACAGCAUUUUGCUUUUAGUAAUUUUAGUUCCUUUAGUAUGUGACUUUGCACAUUCAUUAAGCGGUACACAUAACACAGAGCCCUUGCUAGACCAAGCGAAUAAUGACGUGACUGUCUCAUCGUCCAAGUAUGUAACAUUAGAAGUGCCAGGCAAAAGUUGACGUUUUAGUCUGUGGACGUACAGCUUCUGUGUAUAUAAGUUGUAAAAAUGUAGUUCAACCAAUAACUGUGUAUUUAUCAAGUGCAGAAAAACAUAUUAACAUGCCAUGUGAACAUCCUCGCGUUGACAUCUGCUGUACCAGACGAAGUAAGAUGUUGUGUAUAAGUCGGAAAUAAAGCAUCUAUUCUCAUUGAC